GGACCUCAGGGGGUUUUCUCUUUUAAUCCUUCCUCUUCUAUUUUCCAUCUUCUUCUGAUCAUUUCCAGAUUCCAUUGGCAGGACCUAAAUUCCGAGUAAGACACGCAGUAAGGUGCAUUUAGAGUAGUAGAUGGUGACACACUGUGUACACCGUGUACAUUGGUUGCCGUUCGCGGCUUAUCGUUCGUAAUUCGGUAGCGAUAUCUGUUCAUCGAUCGCCUCAUUUUAGCUCCAAAGCUCGUCUUGACUCUCCAUGCACAACGUCUGGUCUGUGCCCCGCUUCCCACGUCUGAUGUUACGGACGGGGGGCGGGAACGCUGUCUUGGAGGAAAAUGUAGGGAAUCCCAGUUGGCAGCCGUUUCUCUUUAUCAAAACAGUUCCGCAGCGGAUAGACAUGUCUUGAUCUUCUGGUAAACCACUCCAAUCUACUGCAGCUAUGCGCAUCGCCGAAAUGGAGAGCUAUGUGACGACGUUCAGGUCGACCAACUCAAAGCCGAAAGAGACUUGCAGGCAGUGCAGAUACCGCAAGGUUCGAUGCGACGGAAGAGCAGGAAUCUGUAGCAACUGCGAACGCCUUUCUUUCGCCUGCUCCUUCUCCCAGGCAGCCUCGGAAGGCCACCAAGAUGCAGAUGCCCUGGGGUCAUCUCCCGUCGAAGUCCGUCCCGAGAGACGCAGGGCAAGCAAAGCGUGUGACGCCUGCCGAGAACAGAAGGUCCGCUGUUCCAGCGACGUACCGCAGUGUUUGAACUGCAAACGACGCCGAGUGCAAUGCACCUACCCGUCGUCCACGCGGAGGAGGGCACGGGACCGGGAGCUGGGUGAGAAAGACGCAGAGGCCUCCGGAAGUCCCGCCGCGUCAAGUCCGGCCCACCUGGCAACACCCAUCUCUCCCCGCCCAAGCACCGGGGAACCCGAGGAAGGUGGGUCAGACCACCACCCUGACCACCACCCAGACCACAGUGAGCCCACCGAGUCCGGCGAACACGGCGAGGUCGGUUCUUCCUUCGACCCUGACCCCCCGGCGCCAACAUCACCUAUCUUGGUCGAUUACUUCUUCGACGUUGUGUACGCCCUGCCUUCUUACGCAUUCCUGUAUAGACCCAGGACGAGGCAACGGUGGAUAAACGGCACCCUAGACGAGGCAUUGCGACUCGCCAUCUCCGGAGUAGCCUUAUCCCAUCAGGAUGCAGGGCGCAAGGCUGGUACCAGGGAGCAUUUCUUGGCUUCGCAGUGGAUUCGAAGAGCGGAGCGCAUGGUGUGGGACAGGCUAGAGUCGCCGACAGUAUCGCGCCUGCAGGCCCUCCUACUCGUCAUUCUCUACCAAAUCGACAGUGGCCAGUUUCAGAGAGCGUUCAUGUUGCUGUCGCUUGCUGCGAGGGCCGCAGCAGCCAUGCGACUGAACCACGAGCGGUCCGACCAGCACUCGGCGACUCUGGAGGUGCGGCGCCGCAUCAUGUGGUGCAUGAAGCUGGCGGAGAGAUACUUCUGCAUCGGCCUGCCCGAAUUCGAGCUUUGUCCACUGGAGAAUAUCUACCUGAGGAUGCCCAGUUGUGAGCGCGACUUUGCGGAGGGAAGCGCCGGGGUUGACAAGGACGGGCCUGGAGCAUAUCCCCUCUGCAUCAGACUGGAACGACUGCGCCGCGAUAUCAUGAGGCUGACCAGAUCGCUUGCCUUGUGCGAACAGCCCUUCCCAUCGAUGCCCAGCCUCGUGCAGGAUUUUGAGGCCGAACUCACGGCGAUAGGGGAGCAGAUGGAAGGUGGCCCGACCCUUACGAUGGAGAAGCUGUCCUGCAUCCUCCAUAGCCAGUGGCUCCCUCGGCACAUGCUAAUGCACCUCUCCUGGCACCAAUGCCACUGCGAUAUAUAUCGCCUGUUCCUCGUCGAUUACCGAGAGGCAGCCCCAAGGGUGGUGCUUGACGCGCUGGACCCUUCCUACUUCUCUCAUGCCGAGUCAUUGUGCUUCCACCACGCCACUUCCAUCAUCCAGAUCCUAUCGAAUCUCAACCAGCAGAGCACACAGCCCAGACUCCUCGAGUUCGACACGGCAAUCUGCGCCUACCAGGCUACCCGACUGGUGCUAUUCCUCUCGCGGACCGGAAAGAGCGGAAUCGUGCGCGCAACCGAGGAGUUCGCCCUCAGCCGGGCCGAGCUGUGCCUGGCGGCGCUGAAGCGCUUCUUCCCGGGCUCAAUAGUCGUGAAACCGAUUAUCGAAGAGAUGGGCCGCGCCAUUGCCGCUUUCCCAUCUCCGAGUAGCGACGAGCCAGAACAGCUGCCUGACCCCGAACCCAAGCCCGGGAGACGACUGGAAAGGCCCCCGCAGCAGCAGCUUUCAGCGGCCGCUAAAGCUCGCCAGCGACUCGCGAUUCACAGCCUACUCCGCCAAGCCGAUUUUUCGGACGGGGACGACGACGACACGCCGGUCGGGCCAUACCCAAGGACGGUGGAGGCCGGCAAUCCUGGCCUAGGCUCUACACCCGUGGUAAACUCGCCAAGACCCGACUUCCCCAAGAGGCAGCAACCACCCGGCGUCACGGUGGCGAGCCGGACACCGCCAGACAGCGUCUUGUCGGAAGGGAGUGAUAGCCAGAUCUCGCCGUAUUCUCCUUACGUCACAUUGGAAUGGCAGGACCGAGACUGGCUCUCCAAAGGGUUCGGCUCCCGUUGACAACCAUGAUUUCUCUGUUCGUAGAAACGAUCACAUCUUUUCCAUCUCAUGCUGGAACGAAUUGUGAGUGCCGCUCGGGGGGGCGGGGGCGCGUGGCCCUCUUGCCCAGGAUGGGAUGCCAAUUCGGGCUGGACUUGUGUCGUCGGGAGGCCACGUCUCAACCCCGGCGACCUGCUCAACGAGAACACCCUACAGUACUGGGAUAUAUCAAUAAGGGGGGUAUCAUCAGUGCGUUUGUGAGGGGUCCUCAGACAAACGAGCGCAGAAGACGAUCCAACCGGGUUAGA